AUCUGCAAAAGUAGUAUUCUCCGGCCCAAAGAUGAUGAAGAUCGGAGAGGUAUGGGAAGAGUACGAGAGGCAGAUUCACGAGAGCCGGGGUUAUGAGGUCAAAGUUUACCCUACCGGCGGCGAUUUCACUGAAUCAUCGAGAUUUAUGCCGUGGAAUUUCGGCGGAGAACCCAAUCCGUAUGAACAAUUCCUCCAUGCCUCUCUUACCCCAACCCUCUAA